AACACCAACAACAACUCCAACAACAACACCAACAACAACUCCAACAACAACACCCACAACCACACCAACAACCACACCAACAACCACACCAACAACCACGCCAACAACCACGCCAACAACAACGCCCACAACCACACCAACAACAACACCAACAGCAACUCCAACAACAACCCCCACAACCACACCAACAACAACACCAACAACAACACCAACAACCACGCCAACAACAACGCCCACAACCACACCAACAACAACACCAACAACUCCAACAACAACGCCAACAACCACACCAACAACAACACCAACAACCACGCCAACAACAACACCAACAACCACGCCAACAACAACACCAACAACCACGCCAACAACAACGCCCACAACCACGCCAACAACAACACCAACAACAACUCCAACAACAACGCCCACAACCACACCAACAACCACACCAACAACCACACCAACAACAACACCAACAACCACGCCAACAACAACACCAACAACCACGCCAACAACAACCACACCAACAACCACGCCAACAACCACGCCAACAACAACGCCCACAACCACACCAACAACAACACCAACAACAACUCCAACAACCACACCAACAACCACGCCAACAACAACGCCCACAACCACACCAACAACAACACCAACAACAACUCCAACAACAACGCCCACAACCACACCAACAACCACGCCAACAACAACACCAACAACCACGCCAACAACAACGCCCACAACCACACCAACAACAACACCAACAACAACUCCAACAACAACGCCCACAACCACACCAACAACAACACCAACCACACCAACAACAACUCCAACAACAACAACUACACCAACAACCACGCCAACAACAACGCCCACACCCACACCAACAACCACACCAACAACCACACCAACAACCACACCAACAACAACACCAACAACAACUCCAACAACAACACCAACAACCACACCAACAACCACGCCAACAACAACACCAACAACAACACCAACAACCACACCAACAACCACACCAACAACCACACCAACAACAACACCAACAACAACUCCAACAACAACGCCCACAACAACGCUCACAACCACACCAACAACAACACC